AUGAGUACAGGAACUCGGGAAUGUGGAUCUCCCAGGGAGAUACUUUUGGGCUCUCCGGUAGGCAGGAGCCUUCCUGGGAUUUGUGAAGAGCUGAGCAGAUCUUUUCCUUGGACAAACAGGAAAGGAAGGAGCGGUCUUUCCAGACUCUGCAGGAAUAAAGCAUCCUUAUCUGAAAAUGGAUGGAAUUCCUACUGUUUAACUUCAUUAGCUGCCAGGAACAUCUGUACUAGCAAACUUCAUGACUCUUGGACUCACUUGGAAUCUGCUUCUCUUUCCUGUUCAGUCUGCAGCAACUCUUCUUGUUCCCUCUUAAAUGCCUUGGUUCUGGGAGAAUCUACCCAGUCCCUGCCAGCUUCUGUACGUAACCCAAACAAAGCCAUCUUCACUGUGGACGUCAGAACAACAGAGAUUCUAGUUGCUAAUGACAAAGCCUGCAAGCUUCUUGGUUACAGUAGCCAGGACCUGAUCGGCAAGAAAUUAUCUCAGUUGAUUUCAAAAUCCAACUGGGAUAUAGUGGAGGCACUGAAUGAAGAAUGUGUUGAUGCUCAAGGACAUGUAGCAGCAGUUCCUGGAACUGUGGUAGAUGUUAUUUCAUGUAGCAACGAAAAGAUCCCAGUCUCUGUAUGGAUGGGAAGAAUAAAAACUGAUGGCAGUCGGUACUGUGUGGUUGUUCUGGAGCCAGUUGAAAGGCUUGCUGCCUUUGUUUGCUUCACAAGCAAAGGAGAGAUAACUUCAUGUGACUCCCUUUUUGCUCAUCUCCAUGGCUACUCAUCACCGGAAGAUGUGAUUGGUCAUUACAUCACAGAUCUGAUUCCUUCUAUACAAAUUCCUCCUCCUGGCAAGAAAAUCCCUAAGAAUUUCAAGAUUCAGAGGUCUGUGGGCAGAGCAAGGGAGGGUACGACGUUUCCUCUAAGCCUGAAGCUGAAGGUGAACUUUCCUCCUGAAAAGGCUACUUCGGUACUAGAUGACCCUGUGCCAGUACUUGAAUCUGAAAAUGCAGAAGACCACACAACAGCCUUCUCCAUGGAGUGUUCUUUCUCUGCUACUGUCUGGGUGUUUACCACUAUCAGCGGCCUGAUAACAGUUCAGGCAGAUGGUACAAUUAAUGGAAUCAACAAUGCAUUUUCUUUAAUGCUGUUUGGCUAUGAAAAAAGAGAAUUGCUGGGAAAGAACAUCACAUUCCUGAUUCCGGGUUUUUAUAAGUACAUGGACAGAGUUGAUGAGUCUUCUUUGCCAUUGCCAUCUCUUGAAGAUGGUGCAGAUGCAGAAAAUGUGAGCUCUGGUGAAUUUAGUGGAACCCAGGUGGAUGCCUGUAGCACAGUGGAAACUGAAGGCACCAGCCUGUUGAUUGCUGGAGAUGUGGCUUUGUUACCCAGGGAAGAACAGCAGCAGGAAUUAUCAAGAAGUGAUGGCGAGGGGCCCUGUGCGACGAAGGAAAGCGUGGCUAGCUUGUCUUCUGUUAUGUCGUCUCCCCCAGAGGCCUCCAGACCACUGGAUGGGUAGCUAUUAAAUGUUUUCUUUCACAGAACAGACUACACGCCUAUCAGUGAUACGCCUGCCUGUGGUGAAGUAUUUCCUUCUGAGAGUCCACAUGUUGAUGGAUUCACUAAGACAAAAUAUUCUGCCAUGUGUAGUCAGACUGUUGGACAUCGGUUAGAUGAUGGAGAUUUAGGACCUGAGGUCAGUCUGCCUUGUGACACUGUGCACACGUCAUUUCGGGCUCCCGCACUGGAUGAGGUGAUGCGUAGAACUGUAUCAAGUCCUGAACGAAACCUGGGAGAAACAGAUGACCUGCCACACACACAAAGUCCAGACUUUGGAAAUAUUGCCAUAGAAAAUACAGCCUUUCUGCCUAAUGAUAGGACCAAUAGCCAUUUUGUUCCUGCAGCAACACAAGGCGUUGAUGGUGUCUCUUCAUUGGCAAGUGCAGUUGGCAACAGUGUGGGUGAUGAUGUAGCUGCAGUGUGCUGUGGCCUGACAGAACUGGCACUGAGGAGUCAUGUACAGGUGAAUUCAGACUCCUCUGCUUCCACAGAACCAAAGAAGACAUGCUCGGUUAAAGAGGAAAACUUCAGCCUGUCCCCGGACCAAGCAGAAGAAUCAUUUGCUCAUGAUCAGAUACAGUUCCUUAUGAGUGGUGGUUCUCCAUCAAACUGUUGGAAGAGCUUAAUCUCUUCCAAGCAUCCAGUGCAGUCUAACAAGGAUAUACUUAGAUGCUGUACUUCAGAGGUUGAAAAGGCUGCCACAAGCGUGGGGGAUCAGGUGGAAAGACCUUCACUGAAUGAUGUUUGUUCCCAAGAAGAAUUCACGCUAUUAAAGCAGCAGAGCAUGGAACAGGUAACAUCAACACCUGUAAAACUUGAAGCUGUGCAGUCCCCAACAAAUACUUUGAAAUGUGAUGUUUUGGAAGGCAGCUAUACUGGUAACUGCUACCAUAGAGAUGGUUCCCGACUUGCUAUAAUCUUUGAAGUCAAGCGUGUGGAACUGCAGGACCCUUCUGCUCUUUUCUGUAUUUGGGUUAUGAGAGACCAUUUCCAGAGCCAGAAACAAGCAGCAGCCAAGACACAGAUGCUUCUUUCCAGUUUGGCUAGUUCUUCCCAGACCUUAGCUGAUGUGUCUGCACUCAGCUUAGUAGAAUUGAUCAAAACAACACCCUUGUUUGAGAAUUCACGAAGAACUGAAGAGUUAGAAAGGCUGAAGGCUUGUGAGGGAAAGUAUGGAAAGAAAUACGACACGCUUGGUCUCAUCGGCAGAGGAGCUUUUGGCUUUGUCUGGUCAGCCAGAUGCAAAAAGGAUCACAAGGAGGUUGUUGUGAAGUUCAUUUGGAAGGAGAAAGUGUUAGAUAACUGCUGGGUAGAUGAUCCUGAGUUGGGGAGAGUAACUCAAGAAAUUAUGAUCCUGGUAAAGCUGCAGCACCCCAGUAUUAUUAAGGUGCUAGAUGUAUUUGAGAACCAGCAGUUCUUCCAGCUAGUGAUGGAGAAGCACGGGCCAGGUCUGGAUCUCUUCACUUUCAUUGAUAACCAGCCCAAUAUGGAUGAACCUUUGGCAAGUUACAUAUUCAGACAGCUGGUGUCUGCAGUGGGCUAUCUACGAUGCACGAGUAUCCUUCACAGGGAUAUCAAGGACGAGAACAUCAUCAUUGCUGAAGAUUUCACGAUUAAGCUGGUAGACUUUGGCUCGGCUGCCUACCUAGAACCAGACAAGCUGUUCUAUACAUUUUGUGGGACGAUUGAGUACUGCUCUCCAGAAGUGCUGUCAGGCAAUCCGUAUCGAGGACCAGAACUGGAGAUGUGGUCACUUGGAAUCACACUUUAUACAUUAAUCUUUGGAGAAAAUCCUUUUUGUGAGCUGGAAGAAACCAUGGAGGCCAUCUUACAACCUCCCUUCAGUGUGUCUGCAGACCUGAUGAAUCUCCUCUCUGGACUCUUGCAUCCUUUUCCAGAGGGCCGCACAACUCUGGAAAUGGUAAUGAAGGAUACUUGGGUAACUCAACCUGUGAACCUGGCUAAUUACACCUGGGAAGAAGUAUAUGGUUCAGCCAAGCCAGAAGGCAUCCGCUUCAAAAUUCAUCCCAUGGGUGGCAGUCGCAGCGCCUGGACAGUUCCAAGCUUGGGAAGUGAGCAGAGCUUAGAUGACGAUGCCAGUGUCCAUAGGCUGGUGGAACCCCAGCAAGACAGAACUACCGGUGCUACUGAGCAAGAGCCAUCAACUUCUUUUCACUGUCAGAACUACUGAAAUCUGUACUCUGGACAUUUACCAUUUGCUGAAGAACAUCUCCUUCAUCUUCCUUGAGAGCUUAAAAAAAUACCA